CCCGGACAGCCAAGCCCCGCCGAGGCCGUCGCGCGCGGCCGGGCCUCCCCUGCCCCGACCCGGCCCGGGGGUCCCGGCCCCGGCCCCGAUCCCGGGCGGGCGCCAUGCGGGGAGGCCCGGGCGACGCGGAGCGCAGGCAGCGCUGGGGCCGCCUGUUCGAGGAGCUGGACAGCAACAAGGACGGCCGCGUGGACGUGCACGAGCUGCGCCGGGGGCUGGCCCGGCUGGGCGCGGGCGACCCGGACCGCGGGGCCCAACAGGGCAUCUCAGCUGAGGGCAGUGCGGCCGAGGUGGGGCUGGACCUGGAGGAGUUUAUCCACUACCUGCAGGAACGUGAGCAACGCCUGCUUCUCCUCUUUCACAGCCUGGAUCGCAACCAGGAUGGUCACAUUGAUGUCUCCGAGAUCCAGCAGAGCUUCAAGGCACUGGGCAUUUCCAUCACAUUGGAGCAGGCUGAGAAAAUUUUACACAGCAUGGACCGCGACGGGACGAUGACCAUCGAUUGGCAGGAGUGGAGGGACCACUUCCUGCUGCACUCCUUGGAGAACGUGGAGGACGUGCUCUACUUCUGGAAGCAUUCCACGGUGCUCGACAUCGGCGAGUGCCUGACCGUCCCCGAUGAGUUUUCGGAGCAGGAGAAGAUGACGGGCAUGUGGUGGAAGCAGCUGGUGGCGGGGGCGGUGGCAGGUGCAGUGUCCCGGACGGGCACCGCCCCGCUGGACAGGCUCAAGGUCUUUAUGCAGGUUCACGCUUCCAAAACCAACAAGCUCAACAUUGUGGGGGGCCUCCGCAGCAUGAUCCAGGAGGGGGGUGUGCGCGCCCUCUGGCGCGGAAAUGGCAUCAAUGUCCUCAAGAUCGCCCCGGAGUCCGCCAUCAAGUUCAUGGCCUACGAGCAGAUCAAGCGGGCCAUCCGCGGGCAGCAGGAGACGCUCCGAGUCCAGGAGCGCUUCGUGGCGGGUUCGCUGGCCGGUGCCACGGCCCAAACCAUCAUCUACCCCAUGGAGGUGCUGAAGACGCGGCUGACCCUCCGCCGAUCGGGCCAGUACAAAGGUUUGCUGGACUGUGCACAGCGGAUCUUGGAGCGCGAGGGGCCUCACGCCUUCUACCGCGGCUACCUGCCCAACAUGCUGGGCAUCGUGCCCUACGCGGGCAUCGACCUGGCUGUCUAUGAGACCCUGAAGAACCGGUGGCUUCAGCAGUACAGCCACGAGUCUGCCAACCCGGGCAUCCUGGUCCUGCUGGCCUGCGGCACCAUCUCCAGUACGUGUGGCCAGAUCGCCAGCUACCCGCUAGCCCUGGUCCGGACCCGCAUGCAGGCGCAAGCUUCCAUCGAGGGCGCCCCCCAGUUCUCCAUGCUGGGUCUGCUGCGGCACAUUUUGGCGCAGGAGGGCGUGCGGGGCCUCUACCGGGGCAUCGCCCCCAACUUCAUGAAGGUCAUCCCCGCCGUGAGCAUCUCCUACGUGGUCUAUGAGAACAUGAAGCAGGCACUGGGGGUCACAUCCAGGAGCACAGCGCCUCACAGCCAAGCAUCCAGCCUCCACCGUCCCCCUGCGCCCCACCCACAACCCAGAUCUGGUGUCCUCGCUCAGCACUGGAUCCCAGAUUCCGACGCACUGGUGGAUCCCAGAGUCAGAUUCCCCCACACUCCCAGCCACUGGAUCUCCAUGCUCAGCCACUGGAUUUUGGAUACUCAAGAGACCUCAGUCACCGGAUCCGGUCAAUGCAAUGUCUAGAUCCAGGGAUGUCCCUUCCCCAUGGCACUGGAUCCCCAGGUCCCCCUCACCUCGACCACUGGAUCCCCAGAUUCCUUGAUCUUAAGCCUGCUUCCAGAGCCUUCUGCUGCAUUACCAGAUCCCUACAUUUCAAUCAUCUUUCAGUCUGCCAGAUCCCAGAUGCACUGAUCAAGUGG